GGAUUUCUGGGCCUGCAGUUUCCUUUGGGGAGUAACAGAGAGACCCCCCCGGCUUUGGGAAAUAAAAGGCUUAGAAUAUAUAGCUCGGGGAGAGGGCAAAGAGUAAAUGAGCUUUCCCUUCUGGGCUAUCAGCUUGACCGGGAGCCAGUUCUAGAGCUGAGAGAUCAGUGACUGGCUUAACUAUCCCUUCCAGCUCUGUCCAUUAGAAGGCUCUCCCUUCAGUAUAUGAAAUCAGGCUUAUGGAAAACCUUCCCUUUUUCCCAGGGGUCAGGAGCCCCCCUGGGAAUGGAAUCUUCAGGGCUGACAGGUGGCUUUAAGGGGCCCUGGUCUGAGGGACUUGUUUAGCCUAAGGGUUAUUGUGGUGCCAAGGAGGAAACCCAAAUUAUCCCGUGAUGUCACCUGCCGUCCCUUCUGGGGAGCAACGUAAAGAUUGGCAGCUUUAGGGAACGAGAUGCUUUGUACAUCUCCAGCUCGGCGCCAAGGCGAAAGGUCAGUUCGUUUUCCUCCCCGUGCUGCUCCCGCUGACGGGGAGCCGGCUCCAGAGAUAAGAACUCCAUAACAAUGUUGCUAUCCAUUAGAACUCCGUCCAUUAACUGGAUGAAAUUAUGCUGCUAUAUAAACUUGGCUUUUUCACGGCGCUGAGCAGCACAUCGAAAGGGAUUUUCAGAGCUGACAGGUGGCUGGAAGGAGCCCUCAUCUCUCAGAAACUUAUUUAGCCCAAUCGCCAUCGCGGGGCUCCCAGGGAAGCCAAAUCAUCCUGUGAUGUCAGGGCUGGGAGACCGGAGACAACCAUUGUGAUGUCCUAGGCUCACUUGAAGUUUCUUGCUAACUGUCUUUUAGCCUGCUCACUCGCUGGCAAGCCUGAGCACACUGCAUGCCUGCAGCACAGUAAGAAGCCCAGGAGAGACUCAGAGAUUAAACAUGGAGUCGGAGAAAUCCGAAUCUGAAGAACAUUUUCCUGGAGGGGAAGCCACAGACACAGAGCAGAGCAGCCACUCGACUUUUUCUUCUGCACCUCCGGAGGAAGGUGAGAUCCCAAUUAUGGACGCUGACCUGAGGGCUCUGGUGGAAGAGAGCGCUUUUCAGGCUCUGACCGAAGGACCUUUGGCCAAAAGAACAUGCUUCUCAUUUGCCACCGAAAGCCUGGCGAUGGAGGAAAGUGAGUUUUUCUCCCUCACCUUCCCUCGCAAGCUCUGGAAGAUCGUCGAAAGCGACCGCUUUCAGUCAAUCUGUUGGAACGAAGACGGGACCUGCAUCGUGAUAGACGAGGAGCAGUUCAAGGUGGAGAUUUUAGAAAAGAGGAGCGCCAUCAGGAUCUUCGAGACCGACUGCAUGAAGAGUUUCAUCCGCCAGCUCAACCUCUACGGCUUCAGCAAAGUCCGGCAAGACGUGGAGAGAUCUGCCUCCCUGCAGGAAUUUCUGGUGGAAGAAAGAGCAGCUUGUCCACUCAACAAGCUUUUCCUCGCGUGCAACCCCAGUUUUAAAAGAGGCUGCCCUCAGUUGCUCUCAAAGAUGAAGAGAAGAGUGGGGGUGAAAAACACAAGCGGCCAUCCUUCCUUGCCGACCCCGAGUCCCGGCGAGAGCUCCGGCCAAGAGCAGCACCCGAACCCGGAGGACCCGAUGUGUGCCCCCGCCGGCAAGUGCGCGAAGAAGCGCAGCGCCGCCACCGCCGCCGCCGCCGCCGCCGCCGCAGCCUCUGCCUGUUGUACGGCCGCCUGCUGUGCCUCUGCCUCCACCUGGUUUCACCCCUGUCCCGCCUCCGCUUCUACCUCUGUGACUUCGUCUGCCCCACUGUCCGCCUCUGCCUCCUCUACUUUUGCCUCCAUCUCCACUUUUGCCUCGGUCUCCACCUCUGCCCCCUCUCCCGUCUCUUUUCUUGCUCCCGCUGUGGCUUCUACUUCCCGAGAGACGGGGCCCAGAAGCGCGGAGGCGAAACCGGGCGGCGGAAAGAAGGUCGCUCCCGGCAACGGCGGCGCGCUGGUCCGAGGGGGCUUCCCCGCCGGGCCGCUCCUGAGCGGGGGGUUCCCGGCGCCCGCCAGGCUCAGCCAGUUCGGCCCCUUCCACCUGCCCCCCCUGAUGGGCCACCGGCCCCUGCCCCCCGAGGGGCUGGCCGCCCCCGCCUCCCUCUUUCACACCCUCCACGGCGGCUCCCUGCGGCCCAUGAUGUACCCGGCCAUGUAUUCGGAGCUGACCGCCUUCCAGACGCACGUGGCCGGCCUGCUGCCCUUCUGGGGCCCCUGCUACUCCAUGCCCAUGGUGACCACCACGCCGGCCGGGGCGCCCCCCAUAUCAGACUGCCCGCCACGAAGGAAACGCGCACCCGAGGGUUGA